AUGACAAUAUCGUUUGCUAUUAAUGCUCUUCGCGAAUCAACACUGUCUAAAAUUCCAAUUAUAAAAUCAUUAGUCAUUGAUAAUAACUUAAUUACUGGUAAAAUUCUAUCAAAAAUUCUUAUUAAAGAAUUCAAGCAUCAAGUAAAGUUUAUAUCGAGUGGUAGUGAAGCUUUGAAUCUUUUGUCUCAAGAUAUUUAUGAUCUUGUAUUUUUGGAUAUUGAUAUGCCGAAAUUAUCCAGUGUUAAAACUUGUAUCGAGAUAAGGAAUUCGACAAUUGUUAUAGAAAAAAAUAAAGCUAUCCCCAUAUUUGCUUAUACUACUAAUGAAUAG